AUGGAAAAGAAAACGUCCGGCAUAGGAAGCAAGAGCCACCUUCGCGAAACCCGGCUGGCUACCAUCAUGGGAUUCCUUCCUCUGGAGCAUGCUUUCGGGGAAUUUUGUCGCAAGGCAUUGUGUCACGAGUCGUUCCAGUUCCUGGUUGAUGUGUCGAAGUUCAAGAGCUCGGUCCAUGCCGCCCACCAAGGUGGCAACGACAGCUACGAGGAGUUUAUCGUCAUCGUCGACGAGUAUAUCGAGGACAACUCGAACUUCGAAGUCAACAUCGACAGCCGCACGAAAAAGGAAAUACUGGGAUUCGGGGACCGCUCGGCGUACGCUUCUCUCGGCACGGCCAAGAGCCGGUGUUUGUUUUACUGGCAGCUUUGCAACUGCACAACGCUGCGUUUCUAGAGUGAUUGAUUUUUUAGUUUCUCCCUUAGCCCCGUCCACCUCCUGCUUUACGAUGAUACUUCUACGUGGCAAAGAAGCGCCUGGAGGGAUGUGAAUCCAAUGGAUGAGACAAGAUGAAGAACAGAUACUGCGAGACAUCUGCGCUCUCAGCGAUUCUUUGCCUAUCGGAGGCACCCGUAAAAGAUUUAAAUCGUGGAACUGAAAUUGUUUUGUGAUGUAAAGGAUUUUUCGGUUGCUCGGCCCUACGUGUUUAUUGCUCGCAUUCAACUACAGGAGAGCCGCAUGGAAAUCUUCUCUCUGGCCGAAAAGGAGGUCGCGAUGAUGCUAGCGGACAACCUACUACUAAAGUUCAAGGCUUCGGACGAGUACAAGGAAAUUGCCGGCGACCUCUUGUUCGGGGCAAAGUAAUUCUCGGGGCGCGGUCAAAGAACAAUUUCAGGAGAAGAGAUGAUAUACAUCAUCAGAUCAUCGUACAUCAUGUUCCCGGAACGUAGCCGCGGUAGGACCACAAGUAAACUAUACGCCACACUCAUGUCUAACAAGAACUUCUAGGGGUCGGUCAUCCGCCUCAUUUGGGGGCUACCCCUAUUUGCACGACGCACUUGCAAAUAACAACUUGCACGACUCAAACGCCCCCAGAACCACACAACAACCAGAAACCCACUUUCAAACUCAAAACAGCAGCGAAACAACACAGCCCAGCACAUACAUAACCAUGCAUAACCACCGCCGACAGGCCGCAAAGCACGCGCAACGCAGCAGACCACACUGCAGACAUGUCCCCCCGGGAUUUUGCUUGUUAGAGAGAGAGUAGCGGCACCGGCCGCUGUAUUGAACACCGCUACUUAUUCAGCAGGCACGAAACACCAGGAGAGAGGACCAUCCCCUUGUUUUGCAUUACGCUACGCUUCGUACGACGUGGCAGCGGUGGCGGACUGAAGGUACCUCGUGCAAUAGAGAGGUGCCGGGGGGGGGAGGACAACAAUGGCUCAAUCCAGAGACUCCGGUGGGGUACGGGAGGUGAUACCGGGGUUGGCGUAGGUCGUCUCCCACCAUCUCCCAUGGUAUCAUGGACACUGAAAAAUAUAUGGCAUUGUUCACUUGUUGAUUGUGAUCCUCCAUGGCGCUAGCGCUCCACCGCCACGAAGAGGCUACCGAGAAUGUCGGACUGCGAGGCGGGUGACACUUUUUGUGGAUUCCAUUUUGCUAAAUACAUUCACUCUUGUUUUUAGUGUGGGGGGUAGGGGCUAUUUAGACUAGAGUUGCUUGUUCUUUUCAUUGUAUGGAUUCUAUCAUGAUAUCAUGGACAUGGAACUGUAUAUGACAUUGUUCACGUGUUGAUUGUGAUCCUCCAUGGCGCUAGCGCUCCACCAGCACAAAGAGGCUACGGAAAAUGCGGGCUGCGGGGCGGGUGACUUUGUCUGGAUGUCAUUUUCUUGAAUAUAUUCACUCUUUUUGGGGGGGUAAAAGCUAGACUAGAGAUGGUUGUGGUUUUCAUUUUACCGCUUAUGCAUCUCGUCUCCGUUCUGUUGGGUGUGGGUACGAAAUCUUUCGGUCACUCGCGGCACUUGAGCAUGUUUGAAUUAGGAUCGACCCCGGAUCGAAGCUCUCCGUUUCAAUUGGAGUAGGCACGACCUCAUCAGACUGAGGGGCGAUCCUUUGAGAUGAAAACGACUGAAUACCGUUGGUGGCAGCUUGGGCGGGACGGAUAGGGAGGGAGCUUCAUGUGCACUGAGUGAAAGUGAAGCUGAUCUGUUUCAUAAGACCCCUAAAAGAACAUGGAAAUGGUCGUUGGGGAAAAGCACAAAAUGAUACUCUACGCCUGAACUCGGCCAAACAUCGGGUUUACACAUGAAACGGCCCAUGCUCGCCUCCGCAUAACACAGAAGUGGGGAACACUUGGACCGUGGGUCCCCAUGAACAUAGGACUACAAGGAGGUCAGAAGAGUCCAAAAGGCUAAACACCCCUGUUCGUGUUUGGCAUUCCGUUCCAUAUUACUGACGUCAUUUCAUUACACGCUCAUCGGGCUGUCGAUCCCGGAAUACAGAGAAUGCACACUCAGUCGCUCCUGCACACACUCAUCUCACAUAAUUCACUCGACGAAACUUUUUCACUUGCGCACUCAUUUCAUUGAGCUCUCUGACUUCACUCGAUUCACUAAGCUUCAUUUCACGCAGCAUAAUUCGCUCACCCAGCCAAGCCAACUUACGGUGAACUCGAUGAAGCCAUGAUGACAAAGAUACGGACGGCUAAGCAACAGUUUUCGUCGUAUUUUGGCCGCCUUACAGCUGCAAUGAGCAACCGGUGUGUGCCAAGUGAAGCCAACACAGGUACAUUCUAUUCUUCUUCCUAUUUAUUGAUACAAAACAAUUGUACAUAUGUUUCAAUAAUAUCUGUUUCAUUUCCCUCCCAGCAAGAAAGCUACCAGCAUGGUUGGUUACACAAUGAUCGCAAAUCAUCAGAAAUGUACUGUCUGCAUUGCAAAUACAUCAAUCUGUAAGAAUACAUUCACUCGCUAAAAUUCGAAAAAGCAACUGUUUCUUCUUUUUCUACGCCUGUCGCCUUAGGCCUCGAUCCAAAACGAUAUCCAACUCCUCGGCGUUUGCGUCACCUGAUGCUCCUUCUGCGGAAAUAAUGGCCAUCGACACGCGCUAAAGGGGUCAUUCCACGUGGCUAAGCAGCAAUGACCAGGACACUUACCGGCGAGAAAAACGUCAUCUCCGCUUACGACAUGGCAUGGACUAUUUUUCAUUGCUUUUCCCACAAGG